GCGACAUGCUAGCUGCUCAUAGGUCAGCUGAUUCAUCACAUGACCUCCGGUCUGUCCGGUUUAUACCGAUGUUUUUACAGCACGAAACUUUGUCCAACGGUUCGGAUCAUUUUAGGAUAAAUGUUUGAUUUUUGAUCUAAAACAUAGUGAGCUGUUGAAGCGCCACAGCACAGGGUGUGUGUUUGUGUGUUUGUGUGUUWGUGUGUUUGUGCUAACAACGGCCUCAGCAGGUUGUUGCGGGUACAUUGCCAUGUUCAUCCACCCGCUCACCUGGAGCUUCUACACAGCGUCUGUGCUGGUGGGAGUGGCAGCAGCAGUUCUCUGGACCGCUCAGGGAAACGUGCUCGCCAUCAACUCCACUGACAACACCAUUGGCAGGAACAGCGGCAUCUUUUGGUCUCUGCUGCAGUUCAGUUUAUUCUUUGGGAAUCUCUACAUCUACUGUGCGUGGCACGGACACGUGCACAUCACAGACAAAGACCGCCGGACGGUGUUCAUCUCGCUCACAGUGAUCAGUUUAGUCGGCUGCUUCCUCUUCUUUCUGAUCCGAAAGCCUGACCCAGAACCUUUGUCUGGUUCUGAGGUGACAGAAUCACUGCUGCAGACAGAAUCUACAGAAGGCUCCACAUCCAG